AUGGAUUUGUCGGAUUUUGAAGACAGCAAUGGGGGAGAAUCAGGUUGGACAAUGUACUUAGACCAUUCGUCUUCUGUUUCAUUGCAACAUUUUGAUGAUCACAAUGGGGAAACAAAACAAGAACAUGAUGAAGAUUCUUCAAUGGUGUCGGAUGCAUCUUCCGGGCCUCCAUAUUACUGCGAAGAGGCCGUCCCUGAAGAUCAUCUCCAACAAAACACGCAAUAUUGGUGCAAAAGCAAGAACAAGAACAAGAACAAGAACAAGAAGAAGGUUCACGAAGAACAAGGAUAUAGGAGAUUCAACUCUUGCCUUGAUGACACAGCUAGUUCAUUGGGAAAACUUAACUCGGGCCUCCUACAACAAGCUUUCCCAGUUGAGAAAUUAGCAUUGGAUCAUCAAGGUUAA